AUGAACGACUCAAAACCCAAUUUCCUCAACAGGCCUCAGUUCCGGAAAGAUCCAAAUGAUACAACCACGGCGCCGAUUCUACUUGGUGUUGGAGGUGCGCUUCUUUUUACUUCGCUUGGUCUUCUAGCAGCAAGACUGUGGUCGAGAGUACAGCCAGUAUCAAGGCUGCAUUGGGAUGACUGGACAGUGAUAGCAUCAACCUUCCUCGCAAUAGUAAACUAUAUCCUCCUCUUCGGCGCCGUAAUCUAUGGUCUAGGUCGACAUGCUGUCUUUGUCGCCUUUGCUCGCCGCCGCAUCGCCCUUGAGCUCCUCUUCAUCGCACAAGUCAUCUGGUACUGGGGGAUAACGCUCGUAAAACUCUCCGUCGCCUGCCUUCUACUCCGUGUGAAGCGCCAAUCACGGCCUUGGAAAAUCUUCCUCUACUCCCUUAUGGCCUUCCUCAUUCUCGCUGCCUGCGUCCAAACGGUCUUUCAGUUCACGCAAUGUCGCCCUUUCAGCGUGUACUGGGAUCCGCGGGUAUUUCGACAGGGACCCGUGAAGUGCUUUGCCAAGAGCACAAUCAAUGCGAAUAUUGUUACGUUCUCGAGUAUCCAGGUUACCAUUGAUUUGAUGUUUUCGUUUAUUCCGAUUACUUUUAUUCGAAAGUUGAAUCGGCCCCGUCGCGAGAAGGUGUUCUUGUCUGUGAUGAUGGGCUUAGGAUUGUUUGCAUCGGCAGGCGCUAUCAUCCGCACCAUUCAAUUGCAGUAUUUCUACACCAGUCGCGACUUGUUCAGGACGAAUGUCGGGAUUGCACUAUGGGCCAUCGUUGAGUUGCAGUUUGCCCUGAUCGCUGCUACCAUCCCGACCCUCAAAGCUUUCUUGGAGAAGGUGCUGAUUCAAUUGGGUCUAUUUUUCUACGACGCAAACACCGAAACCGAAGUCAGGAGCCGCUUAAUCGCGUUUGGCUUACUGGACGCAGACGCCGAGUCGUCGAAUCCAAAGCCCACGGUGACGGUUAGGACGCCGAAGAAGGUGCGAGAUGAAUAUGGGGAUACUAUCGUGGAUACGGUGGGGGAUAAGGAGGUCGAGAGGGAGUUGGCUAAGUUUAUGAUUUAAGGAUAAUUGAUAAAAGGAAGAUUGCGACUCGUUCUUUCUCAUCGCUACGAGAUUGUGG